AUGCUAGCGGUCGACUCCUUCUCCAAGUGGCCGGAGAUUGUGCAAACCCGACGAAUCACUGCAGUAGCAACCAUCAGUAUUCUUCGAAGUCUAUUUGCAAGGCUCGGUAUGCCUGUAACGCUAGUAUCGGAUAACGGUACUCAGUUUACGAGUGUGGAAUUUGCCAACUUCUGUGCUCUCAACGGUAUCGAGCAUGUCACAACGGCCCCGUUCCAUCCCCAGUCUAACGGCCAAGUUGAAAGGUUCGUUGACACCUUCAAGCGGGCCGUCAAAAAAAUUCAAGAGGGGAGAGGAUCCAUUGCUGAAGCUCUAGACACCUUCCUGCUAACCUACAGAAGUACGCCCAACCGCACUGCGCCUGAAGGUAAAUCACCAUCGGAGGUUAUGUUUGGUCGUCGUAUACGGACUUGUCUGGAGCUACUUCGCCCAUCAUCAGCAAUUUUACCAAUGACACCGCAUGUUCAACAAGAUCAACAGCGAAGAUCGUUCAAUCGAAACGAACUGGUUUUCGCAAAGGUUCAUCACAGAAACACUUGGAAGUGGGCUCCUGGUGUUAUUCUGGAGAAGAUAGGUAAUGUGAUGUACAACGUUUUGGUUGAUCGUCGAGUUCUGCGUUCCCAUAUCAACCAAUUACGAUGUCGUACUGGAACUGUUUCACCCAACACCGGUUCUUUAUCGUCAGUCAGCAGUAGUACUAAAUUGUUGCCUCUCGACGUCCUUCUUGGUGCCUGGGAUCUACCGAAGCUUUCAGACAGUACACCCGCAGUAUCAUCCGUUGGCUCACCGCAGUCUUUGGUUACGCAUAGCUCACAAUCGCCGACGUUACAGCCGAUGACACCGACACGUUUGUCUUCUACUCCCACAAGUGUUCCACUACCUCAGCUAGUGGCAAGUCCGUCGUCCUCGUCAUUAUCUUCAUCUACAGCAGCAUCAACGGAGUUCGAGUCAGCGACCGAAGCAGACCUGGUGGAAACUUUACCGCGUCGUUCCACCCGGACCAGAAGUCGGCCACAAUGGUUCGACCCGUACCACCUUUAUUAA